ACAAUUAAGCGGCGGACGCAUUUAAUCGCAUUUCGUACAAGUAAAAGAAAUGAGCAUACAAUUUGAAACAAAUUCAGCGGAUGAAGAUUAUGCACGAGCUAAACUAUCCGACGACGAGGAGAGCGAAGACAAUGUCACAAGAAAAAGAGACCAAUCACUUGCAGCAAAUGUCCAGCCUGAUAGAGACGCAGAGGCUGACGCAGAAGCUGAUGCAGAACCUGAGGGCAGCGGUGCUGCCAACACACAUGUGGUGGCUCAUCAUUACAACGAGCUGAAGGAGGCCGGGCGGAGGGAGCGACACAAGUCGAAAAUCUAUUUUAUGCGCAACUUCAACAACUGGAUCAAGAGCCAGCUGAUCAAUGAGUAUAUGGCGUUAAUUAAGAAUCAGAAGCGCGUCGGCGAUGCUCUCCGUGUGCUGGACAUGUGCUGUGGGAAGGGGGGCGAUCUGCUCAAGUGGGACAAGGCGCUCAUUUCGCAUCUGAUAUGCACUGACAUUGCGGAUGUGUCGGUGGAGCAAUGCCAGCGUCGCUAUCAGGAUAUACUGCAGCGUGCUGAGAAAUCGAAAUAUGGCCACAAAUUCACUGCCGAAUUCUUUGCUUGCGAUUCGACAAUGGUGCGUCUGCGCGAACGUUACAAGGAUGCCUCGCUGCAACUGAAUUUGGUGUCGUGCCAGUUUGCGUUCCACUACUGCUUCGAGUCCCUCAGCCAGGCCGACUGCAUGAUGCGCAAUGCCGCCGAGUGCCUGGAACCGGGUGGCUAUUUUAUAGCCACCAUACCGGAUGCAUAUGAGAUCAUGAGGAGAUUGAAAGCUGCCGGCCCCGAUGCCCGGCGUUUUGGCAAUGAUGUCUACAGCAUUGAGUUUGAGGACGAUAUGAUGACAGAGGCGCCGCCGCUGUUCGGUGCCAAGUAUCAGUUUCAUCUGGAGGGCGUUGUCGACUGUCCCGAGUUUCUGGUGCAUUUCCCCACGCUGGUUAAACUGGGUCGCAAGCACGGCCUGCAGCUGAUCCGGCGCAGCACAUUUGCCGAUUAUUACAAGGAGACGAUGCCCCAGGGCCGCCAGCUGCUCCAGCGCAUGUCUGGCCUGGAGUCUGUCCAGGCCAAUCGUUGUGCCAACGAUGAGCAGUUUAAGCAUGUUGCAAAGGCAUUUGGUGCACAGCGCGGCCGACCAUUGGGCACGCUUUCCAAAUCCGAAUGGGAGGCAACAACACUUUAUCUGGUUUGUGCCUUCAAGAAGUGCAAAAAUAGCUGGGACGCCAAUGGCAAGCCGAUCUUCGAGUUCAAUGACUGAUGCUCCAUUCAAAUCUACGCAUAUCUUAUAAUAUAGAUAAACAUAUAUAGACAUCCCCAAUUGCUUAAAUUUUGUUCAAAUAACUGAUUCUUAAACAAUUUCUUUACAACAUACUUUGCAUGAUCAAAACAUUUUUUUUGUUAAGUUGAAAAGUGUAUUUAUUAAGAAGCUUUUAACGUUGAUAUAAAAAAUU